AUGUAAUCCAUCAUCUUCCAAGAAGUUGAUGCUUCGUCGAUUCCACGGCUGCAGAUUGCCACCAUCGUAGCCACCACAACCACAACCACAACCACAUCUAUAGAAUAGAAUAGAAGUACCGGUACUGUACUGUACUGUAGCAUAGCAUGGCACUGUCUACUAGAAAACUUCGACACAAGACGGCCAAGAAGAAGGAUGAUCCAACAAGCGCAAGCAGACCGACGACACCUCGACACUUGUACAGUCGCGUGACACUAGUGUCUUGUGCCGUGGUGUUGGUGGUGGUCAGUUUGGCGUCUCAAACGGGCGUAUUGUCCAAUUUUACCAUUGAGUUUGUCGAAAUCUCGCAGCUAGUGAAUGCAACCAGUGGUAGUACAGCUACAUCAAGUACUACACCUCCAAGAACAGUCUUGUCACCAUUGUCCAAAUUCGAUUCUCAUUUCUGUGUGGACUGGGAGACCGACACGGAUGCUUGGUGGAGUGCACAUCCCGAUUGGUUUGUCGAUGUGACGGCCGAGAAUGUCACCCAUACGUGUUUUCAACAGAUUCAAGACGAUCCACAAAAGACCAAAUUCAUGAGAUUGAUGCACCAUGAGCAGUUUGUCGUCAACUUGGCCAGCAACAAAUGCAGCAGUCAAGGAAUUUAUGCAGCUGCUCCACACAAUCACCCCCAGUUUUCCAUAGAUACGUGGACGGCUCAACUGGAACCAUUGGUACAAGGACUGGCGUGGGGACGAGAACUGCAACGACCCUUUCAAUCGACUGCCGACUGCUCCCAACAUCCAUCUUUCUUUUUGGAGUGUUUCUUGUUGCCUCUAUCAUCGUGUCCCACCAAUCACACUCCCAAUUUCAAUCAAAUCCAGCAAGAUCAUCCCGACGAUAUCCCUGAUCCAAUCACUCCACUGCAACAACGAUGGUACUGGGAGUAUCUGGUCAGACCCAAAUCGAACAUUCGACGGCAAGUGGGACGCACUCACAGCAAUACCAAACAAUCGCCACAAUCAAAACAGCAAGACUGUGCCAUUUUCCUAUUGCAUCCCACCACGACGAUGCAACAAAUCAAGGAGUUGCUCGACGACAAGUACAAACGAGAUCUAGACCAAAAAGAUCGCGUUCUGCUUUUGGCACACACCAAUCAACAAAUCAAAGACAUGCAAGCACAAAGACAUCCUCAAUGGACACCCGUCCCAUUGCCUACGACACAGGAACAACAACAAGAUCCACAACAAUUCAUGAUUCGUCUCUUGACACUGCUGCAGCAAAUACAGCUUCAUUCCUGUGAUGUAUUGUUACACUUUGACGAUUCUACUCAAGACGCUUUUUCCGAGUACAUUUAUUGGGAAAUGGUGGCCGCCCAAAAUCGACCUCCCUCGAUGGCAGGGGCCACGGCCUAUUCGGUACAAUCCAUUCUACGCAAAUAUCGGAAACAACGCCCUACAAAAGAACCGAUACAAUACUAUCCCAAGCGCAUCACCAUUCCAGCGCCAGUAGUAGCAGGAGUACAACCACAAUCUACUACUGCAACGGAACUACCAUCCAACAUGGUGGAAUGGAUUGACGCGCAAAAUGAAUACCGCGUCAAACAAGAUUAUUAUUCGGUAGACCGAAACAGCUUUUGUGUGCCAUGGCAUGUCAAUGCCGAUCUAUGGUGGACGCAUCAUCGAGAUUGGCAACAUGGCAGGGAAAAUGACACGCAUUAUUGUUUUCAAAAAGUACAAGAUGCAGAAAAGGCACGAUUCUUUCAAAACUUGUAUCAUUUGCAAUUUCCAACUACUUCUACUUGCCAUGAUGAUGAUGUGAGUAUGGUUAAAAUGUGGAAUUCGGGAUGGGGUGCCGACAUGACCAAUCUCGCCAAUGCAUUGCAGCAAGCCCAUCAGACCAAUCGACCCGUUCAAGUCGACACGUCCACGCACUGGCAUUAUGCCGUGACGAAAAAACUCGUCAACAAAUCCCAUGCGCUCUUGGAAGCGUGUCCGCAAAAGAACAUGUACUGUUACUUGCUCAACAUGUCGUCGUGUACACCAUCAUCAACAACGACACAUGACGCACCCGAUUUCAGCAGCAAUAAUGAUCGACAUCGAUGGUACUUGGAAUGGUUGGUACGACCUCAAACAUGGCUGCGCAAACGAGUCUACGACUAUCUGCAUUCACAAUCAUCAGGAGCCCCGCGCAUGCAAACACCCUGCUCCGUCUUGCACGUCCGUCGCAACGAUGUCGUCUUGCACGACAAGCAAGCCCGCAAGUUUCAUCCCAUUGACGACUAUAUCAACAACACACGCGUUCAUGAUAACAUUUUGCUCCUGACGGAUGAUCACUAUGCCAUUGGAGAAGCUCGCACCAAGUAUCCACAGUAUCGUUGGAUGUAUUUCGAACGACCGCGAUUUCGAGGGGUCGGGGGUUGGGAACAUCACCUACCCAGUGACGAUCCCGUGUUGGAAGUCGUGGUGCUGUUUGCCACGUUCCAGCUGGUGCGUCAAUGUGAUCAAAUCGUCUUGUCGACGGGCAAGUUUGGAGAAUAUCUCUAUCAAGAAAUGAAACGCGGUGACCGCCAAGUGGAACGGGUGAAUAUCGAUGCGGGUAUGAGUCAAACCGAGGUACUCAAUGAAGGAAAUUCCAAGACGCACGUCGUGUCGAAAGACUAUGUCAAUGAAAAGCAUGCUGGAUUGACGGCGGGUGGCGGCGCCAAUAAUAUAAAGUUGGAACCACCAUCAAAGAAGGUCCACGACUUUGUGGAUCCGUUUUGUGUGCCAUGGGAUACCACCGAAAUGAAUGUGGAUGAAUGGUGGACGCAUCAUCCCAUGUGGGAGAUGGGACCCAACAAUGCCACGCACCAAUGCUUUCAACCCAUGGCCGAUGAACGGGAGGCCAAGUUGCUGGAGGAACUCUAUCGGGUUCAAUUCGUCACGGGGGACUGCACGAACAUGACCACCAAACGAACGUGGUCCUCAGGGUGGGGUGCCGACUUCGAGAAUAUUGUCGAUGGAUUCUUUCACGCACUAAAGACGGGGACACCAGUACAAAUGGGAACAGAUCGAUGGCACUAUGCGGACAACUCCGUAAAGAAAAAGCAGACGGACGAAUCCUUGAGAAUCGCCUGUCCGCAACGAAAUAUGUUUUGCUAUUUCUUGCCAUACUCACGGUGCCCACCACAAGACAAGGGCUGGGAGGGAGAUUUCUUAACGCCUCCUGCCAAAGGGUUGGAGGAAUAUAACUGGCUGGUUCACUACGCAACGCGACAACAAUCCUGGCUACGAAAACGCGUCUCUGACUUUGUGCAACAGCAGCAAGCAAAUUUGGUUGCCCCCUGUUCUGUUUUGCAUGUACGAAGAGCAGAUGUGGUGUUCCACGGUUCUCAUUCCCGCAAGUAUCAUGGGAUUGAAGAGUAUCUGGAGCAUGCCCAACAAAAGAACAUGACAGUACACAAGAAUAUACUGAUUCUGACCGACGAUUUCAAUGCCAUUCCAGAGGCCAAGGCCAAGUUCCCAGACUACAAUUGGAUAUACAUUGAUCGUCCACGCAUCAAAUCCGCGAAUGCCAAAUGGGAGCAGCAUCUGGCGAGUGACGACCCCGUCUACGAAAUGGUUGUCCUUCAAUCCAUCUUCCGCUUGGUGAAGCAGUGCAGUCAGCUGAUUCGAUCCUCCAGUAACUUUGGGGAGCAUGUGAAAUGGGAAAUGCAGUCCAAGGGCCAAGCCAUUGAGGACCUGAACAUUGAUCACGGCAAAGAGGCGCAUGUGGUCUGGAAUGAGAACAACACCGCGUCUGUAAACGUUUCCCGUGGCUACCGCCGGCGCCGCACGAGGGGUUGAUCGAGGUGGCCCUAUUCUUUGCCGUACCUACGUCUUGUACCAACAGCCGAACAGCCAGCCAGCCAACCAAGCUUGAAGAUGAAAGCUCUACAUCUGUCGUCUGCCGUCCCUAUCCUGUAAACGUUUCCCGUCGCUACCGCCGGCACCGGCGCCGCACGAGGGGUUGAUCGAGGUGGCCCUAUUUCUGCCGUACCUUACGUCUACCGGUACGAUCAGCCGAACAGCCAGCCAAUGGGGACCAAGUUUGAAGAUGAAGGGUCCACAUCUCUCGUCUUCAGUCCCUAUCCAGGAACGGCUACAAAAUACAGCAACGGCUGCAUGCUGCAUUGACUCAUGCAAGAUCUAUUGAAUUUAUUGGAUAACUUCGUGGACUUGGCUUUUCAUGUAUUCAAGUUUUCGUGAGGCAAAUAAAUGCGAGAUCAUUGUCCUCAUGCAACGUGCCCUGGCCAUAAAAACACGGGGGAGACUGCGGACAUCUCACAGAAGAGCAUUGGCCGCUAGACCGGGCUCUCCUUUGCAAUCAGCGCAUCAGCCGCAACCACACGCGGGGCGGACGAAAUCUUACAAUACUCUUCUGUCCCCUGCACCGCUUGGCGGGUACUCACAGUAACUAGAGUGGGCACUGUCGUUGAGCGGAAAGCGGAAAGAUAGAUGAACUCUAGACCGUAAAAUGACUUUUCAGAAAUGCAGACGUGAUGCUCUUGACAAAACAAGAAAGUAUCAGAAGCCUUCUGAAACGUUAAGGAAGCCUCUUUUAUUCAGGAAGUUUCACAUAGGCAAGAAAGAACCUUUUGAAGCUUUGUUUACCUCGAGCUGCGGAUGACAGGUUCCAAAACGCUACUUUAGUUAGCCAUUGUCCAUAGUCCCGUUCACAUGGAAAAGCAACCACCGAUAGCCUCUACGAGCUCCUGAUAUUGCAGACCAAGGGUUUAAAUGUGCCGUUCGAGCACGGUGGGGAGUUCCAGGCCUGCGAGAUACAAAAGCACUAUAGGGCGGCGUGUAUUGAGGGCUCGAGGAACCCCCAAGACUGCAACAAACUCCAUGACAGUUUCUGGAUCAAUAAAGUUGCCUGGGUUGGUGGGAUCGGGGCGUUCGGUGCUGGACACACGAACCCAAUCGACAAAGCCGGAGUAGGCUUCCUCUUCCACAGCAACAAGACUGACGGAUUGCAGGACUUCGGUAAUAAGGUAUCGCCAGGUCAAAAGCCCAUCCAUGUGGGCUUGUAGGAUUUGAUUGACAUAUGGAUAUGGGAUGGGGGUCAAGCAUUUGGCAUUGACUUUGUCAGCGUUGGCAGCAGGAGGCUGGACUCCGGUUGCGCCGAGGGGGAGUACAUUCCAGACAUUCUGCAAAGUGGCCAGAUUGUCGAGUGGAUCGAAGGCAUUUUGGGCGAUGACCACGAUGGGAGGCAUGGUUCCAUGCUCAUCCAGAUCUCCCACAAAGGCGCAGUGGUUGAUAUUGUUGUCACUGCGGCCUGGGCUAUCGGUUGAGCAGGGCGGUGAAUGGCAAGGGCUUGUCCUUUGUAGCACAAGCUCCAAGGAAAAAUGUUGGGGUGAAACCCGAUUCUGACAUAGCGAAGCAUUGGGCAGGAGUUGGACCAGCUGCGCCAGGUAUUGGGGGGCGAAACGCAGCGUCCAUGGCUUGGAUAUGGUCUUGGUUGGGAUCAGGAGUGCUGAGCAGGUAUUCCCUGAAAGUAGAUGGUGGUUGGAUCAAGUGGGCAUGGUGCUUUCCAAUGGGUGCGUAGAGAUACAUCUGCCUUGGAAUGCUGACCGCUUGUUUCAUUCAAAAGAGACGACAGAACGCGCGGACAUCCUCGAUUUCGACUUCAUGUUGAUGUGGACGCGAUGAGACGCUGGGAGUGGUACUGUUCAAUGGCUGCGAGUAUGCGAAGAUGAGCACUAGCUAGCAACGGCCCGAUGGAUUGCUUAGCCACGAAGCUACAAGCUGGCGCGGAGCUCUCACUCGGCAACUUUCUGACAGAUUCGACCGACGUAGCCUUAUGUGAAGCGGCCUGCUCUGGCUCUCUCUAUCCAGCUAAGUUUACGAACUUAACUUGUGAAUGGCCACGAAAUUUUUCCUUCGUCGGCUCGAUAUACCGGUAUUCAUGCAGCAGAUCUGUAGCUUCGUUCUGCUCGGUUUUGGCGCCAGGUACACACCGUCUCGAUCGUGGGGGUGGCGCGGGACAGUAUGAGGAAUGAGCUUGCAGUAAUUUCCGUACCGUACGAUGCAAGAGCUUGCAUUUCGUGCCAUGUAUGAGCUUUGCUUCUGCGGAUGGCCGUGAGGCGACGGGCUCUCCCCUGGGCCUCCACCAAGACCAUUGGAUGAUCUCUUCCAGUUCUGUGCAUGAUCAGAACUCAUUAUCGACCAUCUAUCUUAGUAGGCACCUACCUUCAUUUUCCCCAAGUCCCUCAGUUGUUUGGAAGGUUUGUGACAUGGGGCUGACAUGUGGUCGGUUCCAAUAGUAGGUUACUUUAGGUAGCCAUUGUCCAUACAUGUGGUUCCAUUUUUAAAAUUGGAAAAGCAACAAAAGCCUGGAGACCGAGAUUUCCAGCUCAUCCUGUUUGCAUCCUUGCUGCCACUCCACCAAGGCCAUCGGAUUUCAAUAUACCUGGU